UGUGGAUAAAAUCGCUUCACGCUUGCGCACUAAUAUUUUUCUCUCUCUCCUCACCAUCAACUCACCAAACAUUCGCCGGUGACUCUCUCCCGUUAUUUGGUCCUCUUUGCCUCCACCAACACUUGUAUGCACAUCCACCUCUCCUGCAGCGGGCAGUAACGCAGCCACUCCACUUGAGAAGUGUUGUGUUGCAGCAGGAUGGCAGUGGAAGAGAAUGAGAAGCUUGGUGCUGUGAGUAACUCCAGCAGCAACAGCAGUGAUGAUGCUAGCCUCAGCAGGAGAAACCGCACCAUCAGUAGUAGCAGCAGCAGUAGCACUAGCAGCAGCAGCAGUAGCAGCAGUAGUGAUAGUAGCAGUAGCAGUAGUAGCAGUAGCAGUAGUAGUAGUAGUGAUGAAGAGGAAGAGAACAAGAAAUCUAGUAGUGAUAGCAGUAAUAGUGAAGUGAACAAGGAGUCUGGUGGUAGUAAAGUUGGUGAUGAGCUGAACAAGGAGCAUAGCAGCAGCACUAAUGUCAGUGAUGAAAUUAACAAGGAAUCUGCCAGCACUAGUAACAGUAGCAGCAGCAAUGGUGGUGAAGAGAACAAGGAAUCUGGAACUAGCAGCAGUGUUGGUGAUGCUGUGAACAAGGAAUCUAACAGCAUCAAUGAAGAAAUGAACUUCAAAACUGGAAAUAACAGCAGCAAUGAAGAAAUUAAUAUAAAAUCUGGGAACAGCAACAGGACGGAUGAAGUGGACACAGAUUCUGGGAAUAGCAGCAGGAACAAUAAAAAAUAACACAGAAUAUGGUAAUAGCAACAAGAGCUAUGAAGAAGUGGACACAGAAUCUGGAAAUGAUCUUAGUGAUGAAAUGACUGAGGACGGGCCUGAGAUGUUCUACGUUGACAAGAUCAUUGAUAUCCGAUGGGAGAGAAAUCAAAAUGGACAGGAGGAGCCACGGUACAGAGUGCGCUGGCAUGGAUACAAGGCAAGCCAUGACUCAUGGGAACCAAAGGAGAGCUUUGAGCCGUGCCCACACAUUCUGCAGGCUUUUCUGGACACAUUUGAGUCAAUGAAAGCUGAGCAUGUGGCUCACCUGCAGUCCAUGGGAGUGACCCCCACAGAGACAGAGGCUCGCAAUGUCAACAUCCUCAGCCCACAUAUUCAACGCAUCACACAGAAGAGCUCAGCUGGCAAGAGGAUGCUGUAUCGGGUAGUGUGGGAAGAGAACAAUGCAACAUGGGAGGAUGAGGAUGCGCUGAAACAUGCGACCAACAAGAUUGAUGAGUACAGGGUGCAUAUGAGACUCAGCAGGCUGAAGGUGCAGGCCAAGAGGAGAGAGAAGAAGGAGGAGGAGAGGAGGAAGGCAGAAGCAGCAGCAGCAAGGGAUGACUCAGACUGUGCCAAACACUCACAGCAGAGGAAGUGUUUCAAGAAAUUGGAGAAUGACCAGCAGAUAAUGAGCCAGGACAUGUAUUCCAGGAUUAAGACACGGCAGAGAAGCCCAAGUGAUUCCCAGGAUAAUGAUGAUGCAGAGGACAGGCAGAGCAAGAAGCCAAGCAAGUACUUAAGGAAGGAGCAAAGUGGAGGUGCUUCAAAUUACAAUGAGGAGAACAAGGAGAACACAGCAGGGAGUUCAACAGGGAAUAAAUUUCAUCAAUCUCCUCAACCUGGUACAAGCCGUGAAUAUCUAGAGGCCAAAGAGAUGCAGCAGCGGUGGCAACUGCAGCAGCACCAGCAUCAGGGAGGUGGUGGUGGCAGUGACGAUGACAAAGAUUACCAUGAUGAUUAUGGAGAUGAGAACAUGGUGAGGCUUAUUGAUGGGUUGCCAGAGUAUAAUCCAGAUGAGGUGGAGGAGGAAUUCAAGAGGAUGGAAAUGGAGACGGCAAUCUUGACAGGGAAGGAAUUCCAGGAUGCAGUUUAUGCAAACAACUACGAGCUGGUGUUCAGUGCUCUCCGGAGCAACAAUGUGCCUGACGUGAACUUCACUUGUCUGUUCCUGGACAUGACGAGGCGCUGUAAGAGGGACAUGGCAAUACUGCUGGCCUCCAGGGUGCCAGACCUCACUGUACUGGACCUCUGGGGGGAGAAUGCCCUCACACUCGCUGCCAGACAUGGUGACAUCAGCUUUGCCUACAGUCUGCUGCAGCAUGGCAUCCCUUUGAACCUGUGCAACAGUCUAGGCCAGACUGCAUACGAUGUGGCCUGUUUGUAUAAGAAUGUUGAGUUUCAGGCAUUUUGUAUAACGUUUGCUGAAAUACAGAAGGUUCCUUUGAAAUGA